CCCCUUCCCCGCCCGCUGCCGCCGCCAUGGGCGCCGCGGGACCGCUGUGUGCCCUGCUCCUGCUGCUGGGCACCGGUACCAGCACCGGCACCGGGCCAGCCCCCCCCACUGUGGUGCUCGCCCUCCUGGCCCGUAACGCUCAGCACUCUUUGCCGCACUGCCUGGGAGCCCUGGAGCGCAUGGACUACCCCACGGGGAGCAUCGCCCUAUGGUGUGCGACAGAUCAUAACCUGGACAACACGACGGCGAUGCUGCAGGAGUGGCUGGGAGCAGUGGGCAAGGACUACCACUCGGUGUCCUGGAAGGUGCAGGAGGAGCCCAGCUCCUACCCUGAUGAGCUGGGACCCAAACACUGGAGUGACAAACGCUACGAAAACCUGAUGAGGCUGAAGCAGGAGGCUCUCACCUAUGCCCGGGAGCAGCAGGCAGACUACAUCCUGUUCAUGGACACUGACAGCAUCCUAACCAACAACCAGACCCUCAAGUUUCUCAUGGCACAGAACAAGUCAGUGGUGGCUCCCAUGCUGGACUCACAGACAUUCUACUCCAACUUCUGGUGCGGCAUCACACCCCAGGGCUUCUACCGCCGGACAGCUGACUACUUCCCCACCAAGAACAGGCAGCGGGUGGGCUGCUUCUCUGUCCCCAUGGUCUACGCCACCUUCCUCAUUGACCUGCGGAAGGAGGAGACGUCACGGUUGGCUUUCUACCCACCACAUCCCAACUACACCUGGGCCUUUGAUGAUAUCAUUGUCUUUGCCUACUCCUGCCAGGCAGCUGGUGCGGAUGUCCACGUCUGCAACCAGCAGCGUUUUGGCUACAUCAACGUCCCCGUGAAAGCCCACCAGACCCUGGAGGAUGAAUGUGCCAACUUUGUGCAUCUGACACUGGAGGCCAUGGUGGAUGGGCCCCCCAUGCAGCGCUCCAGGCACAUUUCCCUCCUCCCGAAGCCUCUCACAAAAAUGGGCUUUGAUGAAAUCUUCCUCAUCAACCUGGUGCGGAGGCCGGACCGGCGCUGGCGGAUGCUGUUAUCCCUGCAGGAGCUGGGAAUCGCCCCACGGGUGGUGGAUGCUGUGGAUGGGAGCACCCUCAACAGCAGUGACAUCAAGGUGCUGGGGGUAGACCUGCUCCCUGGGUACUACGACCCCUUCUCCGGCCGCACACUCACCAAGGGUGAGGUUGGCUGCUUCCUCAGCCACUACAACAUCUGGAAGGAGAUCGUGUCCCGGGGGCUGGAGAGGUCGGUGGUCUUUGAGGACGACGUGCGGUUCGAGGCCGCCUUCCCUGCACGGCUGCAGCAAUUGAUGGAGGAGCUGGAGGGGGCACAGCAGGACUGGGACCUCAUUUACCUGGGGAGGAAGCAGGUGAACGUGGAGGACGAGGCACCCGUGGAGGGCGUGCGGAACCUGGUGGUGGCCGGGUACUCCUACUGGACCCUGGCCUACACCAUCUCCUACCGUGGGGCACAGAAGCUGCUGGCUGCCAAGCCCCUCUCCAAAAUGCUGCCAGUGGAUGAAUUCCUGCCCAUCAUGUACGACAAACACCCCAAUGAGAACUACAAGCAGCACUUUGCUCCCCGGGACUUGCUGGUGUUUUCAGCUCAUCCCCUCCUGGUUUACCCCACCCACUAUGCUGGGGACAGCAACUGGCUGAGUGACACUGAGACCUCCACCAUCUGGGAUGACGAUGCCAAGAAGACCGACUGGGCUGGCUCACAGAAGACCCUGAGGGACACACGGGGCAGCACCGGCCACCUCCACUCUGCUGCCCGUGACGAGCUCUGAGGGGACAAGGGAUUGUGACCCCAUUGGGAGCACCGUGGGACAGUGGCCUGAUCCAGACACGCAGCCAUCCUGGACAGAUCCCACAGGGUCCUUUGAAUCUGCACAUGGCCAAUACAUCCAAGGCAGGAUUUGAGCCCAGGGCUCCUGGAGAGCCCUUACCCUGCCUGGCAGAGAGACUGGGGGAGCACUCUGCUGUGUCUGCUGAGGACACAUCUCUAGGACCACCCAGAGUGAUGCCAACUCUGCUGUCUCCUACCAGCGUGGACUUUGGGAGUUUCUUCAGGCUUGGGGCUGGUUUCUGUGGUGGCACAUGUGGCCUCCUGCCACCGACUGGGCUUGUCUCUUGCCUGUGCCAUGUCCAGGCUGAAGCCCAGGGAGGAUUAAAGCAGACUGUGUGUGAGC